AUGGCGGAGGAACCCACGCUGCGCAGCUUUCUACAGCUGGAAGGCGUGCGCGACAGGUACAUCACAGACCUGAACACUGAAAAGCAGCGGUUCUCAUACGCAGAGCUGUACGAGGAAGUAGAAAAUCUGUGCAGCUUUCUAAAAAGCAUCAACGUGCAGCCAGGGGAGGAAAUUUCCAUCAUCCUAUUCAAUAGCAUCGAGUACGUGGUAACCUUCCUGGGCAUAAACUACAACCAAAACAUAUGCCUUCCAUUGAAUACAAAUUUGAAGAAGGAAGAGUAUGUAAAGUAUUUAGUAAACAACUGCAAGUAUAUAAUUAUACACGAUUAUGAUGAGGGUGACGACAAUUAUUCUGCGAUAAAAAAAAAACAUGGGUAUUACAAAAAUGUGUGCAAGUCGAUUGAGCAGUUAGGCACGGAGUAUAACAUUGGGGUUAUACGAAUUAGAAAGAAUAAAGAAGCACCGUUUUUUACGUACUCGUUAAGCAGACCCUGUGGUUGUAGUAGCCACCAAGCUGGUAUGAACAGAAAGCUAAAGGAGGACAAUGGGUUGAACAAAAAAGGAAACGAUGUCUGUUUGCAUCUGCACACGUCCGGAACAACCAGUAAGGUGAAGAUAGUUCAACUUACGAAUGAAAAUAUUAAAACGACCAUUAGGAAUAUUACCACUUCAUACGGAUUGAACAAAGAAGACAACACAGUCAUAGUGAUGCCCCUGUAUCAUGUACAUGGCUUAAUCGGAGUGCUAAUGCCAAUGUUGUAUGUUAAGGGGAAUGUUCUUUUUCAAAUAGGCCACUCCUUUAGUGCUUCUGAAUUUUGGAAGGACGUCGUGCGUCAUAACAUCACUUACUUCUCAGCAGUACCAACCAUUGUGAAAAUAUUGCUUCUAAGAUAUGACAGCGAUUAUUUCGUAGAUGGUGCAAAGGUAAAACACAAAUUGAGGUUUAUUAGGACGUCCAGUUCUCAACUGGAUGAGCAUAUGGAACGGGAAGCAGAACUCAAAUUCGAGACUAACAUUUUUCAGGCCUAUGGUAUGACAGAGGCAUGUCACCAAGUGAGCACAAAUAAACUUAUUCACACUGAUGGGGAAAACGUAAAAAUUGCUAAGAAGUACAAAAGUGUAGGUAUUCCAAAUGUAGGGGUGGUUAUAUACAACCACGAAAAGGAGAAAGUUUGUGGAAAAAAUGAACUGGGAGAAAUUUGCAUUAACGGUAAAAAUGUUAUGUUUGGGUAUAAAGAAAUGAAGGACAAUGAAAAUAUAUGUGUUCAUGUAAAUACUUUGAAGGAAAAGGCAGAGUAUAUGGAGGGGAACAAGUUCUUUGUCAUUGGUGAAUCUGUCCCUUUUUUUAAAACUGGAGAUGUUGGUUACGUAGAUGAAGAGAACUACCUCUUCAUUGCUGGCCGAAUUAAGGACAUAAUCAACAGGGGGGGCGAAAAGAUCAUUCCAAAUGAAAUUGAUGAUGUGGUCAGGGAUGACCCUCGGGUUUCCGACUGCUUAGCUUUGGGUUGUAACGAUGAGGUGUAUGGGGAGGCCAUCCACGCGGCCGUCAUUUUGGACGAGAAGCAGUUGCCUUGUGGGGAAGCCCCCUUCCUCCAGAAGGCGCAGCCGGGAAGUUUCACGUCUGGGGCCACUUCGCUUACUCAAUCGUUUACCACCCCCCAGCAUGGCAAACCACCCCCUGAAAACGAAUUCAACGUGCACGUAUCGCUGAGCCUGAACCUUAAGUACCAUCACCUGCGGGAGGAACUGACGGAGCACAUGAAGAAACGACUGGCGGAUUUCAAAGUGCCAAAGAAGAUAUACUUUGUGAAUCAUUUCUUAAAAACUGACACCGGCAAGGUAUCGAGAAGAAAAAUGGCAGAAGGGGUGGACCAUUUGAAAAAAACUUCCCUGAACCUAUUCGAUGUGUUAGCCUUAUGUUUGAAGAAGGCCCACCUGGAUGAUUACAUUUACGGGUUGUAUGGAAUUCCAUUGAACAAAAUUAUUUACAGUUUUUUGCGCAACGAUAUUUACUACAUAAGUUUUAGGAACGAAAUAAAUGCAUGCCUCAGUUGUAGCUAUGUAAAUUAUUUUGACCAAGACAAGGCAAAGAAAAAGGUGGGAAUUAUUUUAACAUGUUCAGGACCCGCAUUUGUAAAUGCCCUACCAGGAUUAUACAACGCCAAGGUGAACCAUUUCCCACUUGUCCUAAUAUGCUUUGAAAAUUUUACUUCUAAAUAUUUGACUGAGUUUGAAAAGCACCACAAUUUCCAGUUCUUUCCACAGCAGCAAUUUUUAGCAAAGGCCAAGGAGAUGUGUGCAGGGGUGUUCCAUGUAGAUUCGCCAGAUGCCUUUCCUGAGCAGCUGUACAAUUGUGUUGAAACAUGUGUAAGGAUGAAGUCUCCGGUUUACUUAAAUUUGAGUUAUGACCUACUCGGGAAGGAAGUGACCCUUGACAAGGCGUUACACUUAUUGGAUCUAAGUGACUGCUACGCACGCAAGUACCACCAACCAAUGAACGUGUUAAACGGACAAAUUACUCUCUCCACGGAGGAUGACCAAAGGUUCAAUAAAUUGUUGCAGCUAUUUUGUAGAAUUUACCAAAGUAAUAGAAGAGGAGCGAUCUUCCUAGGUACCAACUGCAACCAUGGCGUUAAGUACGUCUUGAAAUUGUCUCACUUGAUGAAAAUACCCAUAUAUACGAACACCAUGGCCAAGUGUUUUAUUAAAGAAAAUUAUAUAUAUAAUGCUAAUCAGUGUAAAUCAUUCCUCUUCGAAAAUUUGGACUUUUGCUUUGCCUUUGGAACUGUCUACAAUUUUUAUUUCAACUUUGGAAAAUUCACAAAAUGCAAAAAGGAGAAUAUGCUUUGUGUGGACUUAACGAAUGAUGUAUUUGACCCUCAAGUGGACUCUCACUGCGAGCACUUCUUCUUCUCCGACUUGUACAGAGUUGUGAAGCAGUUGUAUUUCUCCCUCAAGGGAGGAUGGGCGGCCCUCUCCAUUGAUGUGGACGCACGAAUGAGCUGGGUGGCUGCUAUCCAAGAAGCUAAACAGAAGAGCAUACAUAAACUUUGCUGUCAAGUGGCGACGAAGCAUUUCGUUUCUGAAUGUUUUACCAUGGAGCAGGUCAUGCUUAUCCUUAGACACUUGCUGCUCGAUUAUUUCUUUACUCAAAAUAAAAUUCCAGCGACAUACAAAAGGUACUUUAUCGAUUAUUUUAAGUACGUUGACAGGGAACAGCUGCGCGGGGUGUUUCACGAAGAGGUCCUCCCUCAUGGGGAUGGCCAAGUGGACCAGGGCGCACCGCAAAGUGACUGCGAUAUCAGUGACAGCAGCUCGGAGGAGGGAGACCAAAGGGAGGACACGACUGGAUACGCCCUUCCCAAUAAGAGCAAAAUGAGGGUGAACACAACAGGGGCGAAGAGAAAGCACAAGUUCCUCAACCAGGAAAUAAAAAAAAGAGUCGUGAUCACGAAUGAAGGGUCCAUCACGCUACACUUGGGAAUAUUAUAUUUGCCCCAGCUGGGGCCAUACAAUUUUGUCUUACCACAGAUUAAUGGCAUGAUGGGUGUAUCAAUGAACGCAGCUAUUUGUGCCGCUCUGAAUGAUCCGGAAAAUAUCGUUUUUGCAAUUUUAGGAGAUUCCUCUUUUGGAUUUACCUCCAACGAAGUGGAAACCAUAUGCCGCUUCAAGUUAAAAAUUGUUCUCAUUAUUUUAAACAACAACGGCAUAUACGGCGAUAGGGACUUCCAAACGGAGGGACCAUAUUUUGACGAGGUGAACAAGGAUGCCCAUUUUUUUCUUCACAAUCCUUCCGCUCUUUACCAUUUUAGCAAGUAUGAAAAUUAUGUGACUGCCCACGGAGGGUAUGGGUGCUAUGUGGAUAAUCGGGAAGAUUUUGUCCAGCAGAUCAAGCAUGUCAUGAGCGACAGUUUUAACUCCUUCCCAGUGCUACUAAACGUUAUCGUGGGGGACGCGAGGUCGGUUAAGUUUGACGUGGACAAGUAUAUACAGUGA